AUGAGCACCAUAACCGUCUCUCCUGGCUGUCCCUCCGCCGCCCCGGCCGACGUCAUGGUCACCCGUUCUGCGGUCGUUGUUCCCUCUUGUGCUGGAAACGAGUCAAAGCCGACGUUGAUCAGUAUGCCGGGUUAUGGAUCGAAUAUGAGUGCGACGGCUACGGGUACCGGAGGCGCUGCUAUGUUUACUGGUGCUGCGGGCCGUGUUGAUGUUGCUGGUGCGAUGGCUGUUAUGGUUGGUGGUGCGGUUGUUGCUUUAGUUGUUUAG